AUGCGCUCAUCGCCUACGCUGCACUGCCUCGUUGUUUACGUUGACGGCUCCGUCCUUGAAGAUGGCUCUGCAGCUGCUGCGUGCAUUGCUGCAUCUACUUGUGCAGUCCGGAAGCGCCGCCUCCCCACGAUCGUUUCGUCGAUGGUCGCUGAAAAGGCCGCCAUAAAUCUCGCUGCCGAUCUUCUUCAGGACAUUGAGACAGUUCGCUCUGCUGCCAUCGUAUGUGACUCUCGCGUGGCCCUUGACUCCAUCUCCCGCGAACACGAGGGCACACUACUAGCUCAGAGACUCGCCCUAAAGCUCCAUGCGGUCCAGCAGCUUGGUUGCGAACUCUCCCUACAUUGGGUUCCCUCUCAUGUGGGCAUACCUGGCAAUGAGUACGCCGACCGCGCUGCCAAGGCCGCUCACGACGCCAGCAAUCCGAUUACUGAUUUUGUCUCUGUCGCCGACGUCGGCAGACUCAUCAUAGCCCGCCGCAUACGCGAGAGUCCCCCCGACCCUCGCGUGGCAGCCGGCUAG